UAACAGAAUAUCAGUGCAUUACGAAAGCAGAUUACCAAAAGGAGGGUAACCCACAGCUGGUGCAACACCAUAUCACUACCACCGGACCACCCACCCGCGCCAGGGCGAGAAGACUCCCUCCAAACAAGUUGCAGUUCGCUAAGAGAGAAUUAGAACACAUGAUGCAACUUGGAAUAAUCAGACAAUCUAACAGUCCUUGGGCCUCGCCGCUGCAUAUGGUCCCCAAGAAAGAUCAGGACUGGCGCCCAUGUGGAGAUUAUCGCCGAUUGAAUAACCAGACUAUCCCAGACCGGUAUCCGAUCCCUCAUCUACAUGAUUUUUCGUUAAACCUACAUGGAAAACAGAUUUUUUCAAAGUUAGAUCUUGUUCGAGCAUACCAUCAAAUACCGAUGGCACCUGAGGAUAUCAAAAAAACAGCCGUUAUCACACCUUUUGGCUUGUUUGAAUUCUUGAGGAUGCCUUUCGGACUUAAAAACGCCGCUCAAACCUUUCAGAGAUUUAUGGACGAAGUAACUAGAGAUUUAGAUUUUGUGUUUGUCUAUAUCGACGAUGUUUUGAUCGCUAGUUAUUCCACUGAAGAACAUAUUAAACACUUACAUACGCUUUUUGAACGUUUCAAAAGUUAUGGUGUUGUAAUCAACCCUUCGAAGUGUAUAUUUGGCGCCUCAUCACUGGAAUUCCUGGGACACCACAUUGAUUCCCAAGGAAUUAAGCCACUUGAAGAUAAAGUCAAAGCCAUAACCAGCUAUCCAGAACAAACCUCAGUAAAAUCACUACGUCGUUUCCUUGGAACUUGCAAUUUUUAUCGACGAUUUCUACCAAAUUGUGCCGAUGUACUACAGCCAUUGACUGACUUACUAAAAAACGAUAAAUCAGGUAGCAAAAAGGAAAAGAACCAACUAUUCAAGUUACCUUCCGAUGCCAAAACGGCAUUUGAAAAAGCCAAAUCUUUGAUUGCGGACGCCACCAAGCUACAACAUCUAAAUACUGACCCAAAACCCAUCUGAUCCUCUGUACGGACGCAUCACAAAAAGCCGUAGGGGUAGUAUUACAACAACGAGUAAACAAUACGAUUACACCCAUUGCUUUCUUCUCUAAAAGGUUAUCACCUGUACAAGAGCGUUAUAGCACAUUCGGUCGUGAACUCUUAGCCAUGUAUUUAGCCGUUAAACACUUCAACUUUUUGCUACAGGGUCGGGAUUUUACCAUCAUGACCGAUCACAAACCCCUGUGCUACUCCUUUAGUAUGUCGUAUGAUAGACAUUCACCACGCGAAGCAAGACAGCUUGAUAACAUCUCACAAUUCACCACAGACAUUCAGUUUAUCAAAGGUCACUCCAACAUUGAAGCAGAUGCGUUGUCGAGAAAAGACAUCAAUGUAGUUGCAUUCAACCAUGACGUCAACCUAGAAAUAAUCGCAAAACUUCAAGCAGACGAUGCAGAGUUAAAAACCUGCAAAGAAAAGUCUCGCCUGAAUCUCCAACCUGUACCCAUCCCAUUCUCCGACGCAUCCAUCAUCUGUGACACAUCAACAGGUAACAAUCGCCCCUUUGUUCCACUUGCAUGUCGCCAAAAGUUAUUCCAACACUUGCAUGGUUUAUCACAUCCGGGCAUCCAAACUACUACAAAGCUGAUAAGUGAACGUUUUGUUUGGCCGAAAAUCAAUUCAGAUAUUAAACGAUGGGCACGUGGUUGCCUUCAGUGUCAACGUAGUAAGAUCCAAAAGCAUACUAUUAGUCCAAUCGGAAAAUUUCCUAUUCCUGAUAGACGUUUUCAGCAUAUCCAUUUAGAUUUAGUAGGACCUCUACCUUCGUCAAAUUCUUUUACUCACAUCCUCACGGCAAUAGACAGAUUCACCCGAUGGGCCAUUGCAUGCCCCAUCAAAGACACAUCAGCUGAGACUGUAGCAUCCGUUUUUCUAGACCGAUGGAUAUCGCACUACGGUGUACCGACAACCAUCACAACUGAUCGUGGUCCCCAGUUCCAGUCUAUCCUGUUUCAGGAAUUCACAAGACUUCUGGGCGUAAAACACAUCAGAACCACAGCUUACCACCCAGCAGCAAACGGCAUGGUUGAAAGAUUUCACCGGCAAUUAAAAAACUCACUCAUGGCUCAAACUGAUUCAACAAAAUGGAGUGAUGCCUUGCCGCUUGUUCUCCUUGGGAUUCGUGCCUCGGUGAAGGAAGACAUAGGUUGUACACCCGCCGAGUUAGUCUAUGGUACAACUCUAACGUUACCGGGCCAACUAGUCAAAUGUGAACCUACAACGCAAGAAGAUGCUACUCAUUUCGCAAGUUGCCUAUUACAAGUGAUGCAGAACAUUAGAGCAAUACCACCGCGAGAAUACAACAAUCCAGUCCAUCUCGACAAACAUUUAGAAACGUGCAAAUUUGUUUUUGUUCGAGUAGACGCGGUGAAAAAGCCACUGACACCACCAUAUGAAGGUCCGUAUAAAGUAAUAAAACGCACUUGCAAAUAUUUCAUUAUCAACAAAAACGGGAACAAUGAAACAAUUUCCAUAGACCGAAUAAAACCAGCUUUCUACGAACCCCCUCAAGCCACUGAUGAAAAUACGGCGAACAAACAAUCACUCCCAUCAAUUGCUAAGAAACAAGAGGAAGAGGAAAAACUCAGCACUACACCCUCUUGUGUAACACGAUCCGGGAGACUUAUUAAAAAACCCAAACGUUAUGUACAUUUUAUGGUCUAACACAAUCAAUCAGUUGCAUGCAUUACUUUGUGAAGUUACGCAAUCUUCUAAUAAAAGAUAUUUAUUUUCCCUACAUGUACAUUUAAUAACUACAUUUAUUUGUUAUCACUGGUUUUGCCAAUUUUUUUUAAUAAGAAAAAUUGUCAUAGUAAUGAACGAGUGAAUGCUAACUAACUAUUUAUUAAAUUUAUUCAUUUUUUUUAAUUUUAUGACUUUAUUAACAGCUUUCCACAUUUUAUUAUUAUUGUUAGCAAACCAAAGCUUUUUAAUGCUCGUUUUUCAGUUUCAUUUUGCGUAGCAUAGCCUACAUUAUUAACGUGCCAUUUAUUCCUAUCUCCGCCAUUUUUUUCCGUUAUUACAGUAAAUACUAUUUUAUGUACAUUUGUAUACAAUAUUUCUCAAUUUUUGUUGUUCAUAUUGUAAUCAGUGUUCCCUCCGGACACUCUGGGGGGGAGCUAUGUGGAGAUAGAACCUUAAAACCUAUUUUGUAAAUAAUUUUUCAUAGUUUUCGCAUGUAUUUUCAUAUUCUGUACAUUAAGCAUUAAACAAUUGUACUUGUUGUUUAACUGUAUUACUUUGAACGCUUGUAACACUCCUUCCUUCCGUUUUGAGUACAACAUACCGUGCCACUGUUAAUUCUCCUCAACAAAUACACUCUAAUUCACG